UCGUUGGAAGUGUUUAGAAAUUGGACCAUAAUAUAUUCCCAAAACCGCGAAAUUCUUCUUCGGAAAACUCAAUCCCCAGUUUGGCUAACAAACAAAAACAGAUUCCCUAGCGACCGUAAAUUGUAAUAAUCCAUCAUCGUCCGAUGGCGGCGUCACGGAUCAUAUCGCAUCCUCACCGUCCAUUCUCUCCUCCGCCAUCUCAACCCCAUGCGCACUCCUCCAUCACCCUCAACUUCACACUCCACCCACCAAAACGGUGCCGUUUAGCGUGCGUUCUUCGCGCCUCGCUUAAGGAGAACGAUCUCAACGAUAAAGCUGACCUAUUUGCUCUUCCCCGGCCUUUAACUUCCACUCAGCUCUCCGAUUCAGUUUCCGAUGGUCCACGUCUUCAAGUUGCAUAUCAGGGGGUUCCUGGUGCUUAUAGUGAAUCAGCAGCACAGAAGGCCUACCCAAAUUGUGAAGCUGUUCCAUGUCCACAAUUUGAGAAUGCAUUUCAAAAAGUUGAGAGGUGGCUUGUGGAUAGAGCAGUUUUGCCAAUUGAGAAUUCUCUAGGAGGGAGCAUCCACAGAAAUUAUGACCUUCUACUCAGGCACAGGUUGCAUAUAGUGGGAGAAGUGAAAUAUGCAGUUCAUCAUUGUCUGAUGGCCAAUCAUGGUGUUAAACUCGAGGAUCUGAAGCGUGUUCUUAGUCAUCCACAGGCUCUUGCACAAUGUGAGCACACACUGACGAAGUGGGGAUUGGUUAGGGAAGCAGUCGAUGAUACAGCUGGUGCUGCGCAGUAUAUUGCCAUGCAUGGAGUAAAAGAUGCAGGAGCGGUUGCUAGUUCUGCUGCUGCAAAGAUUUAUGGCUUGAAUAUACUUGCCCAAGACAUUCAGGAUGAUUGUGAUAAUGUCACCCGAUUUCUAAUGUUAGCACGAGAACCUAUAAUUCCCGGUACAGAUAGGCCAUUUAAGACAAGCAUAGUUUUUUCGUUGGAAGAGGGUCCGGGAAUACUUUUCAAGGCUCUUGCGGUGUUCGCUCUGCGUCAAAUCAACCUUUCAAAGAUUGAAAGCCGUCCUUUGCGGAACAUGCCGCUGCGAAUGGCUGAUGAUAAUAGCAAUGGGUCACCCAAGUAUUUUGAUUAUCUUUUUUAUGUUGAUUUUGAAGCGUCAAUGGCUGAUCCGAGGGCACAAAAUGCUCUGAGGCAUCUGAAUGAGUUUGCUACGUUCUUGCGAGUUCUAGGGAGUUAUCCGAUGGAUACUGGCACAGUGUAAAUAAUAUCCAGAAAGGGGUUCUUCAAAUUGUUUAAUCAUGUUCAUGAAUAUGCACCAAGUCUGCAUUUCUUCAAACGCAGACAUACACAAGCAUUGGAUGCACAAGCUCCUAACAGUUUUGGCGUGCCUUCCCUGGCUUUAGCAUCUCUUGUUCUUAGAGAUAUAGUGUUAGUUUAAAGCAUACCUACAUGUUGGUUUAAAUGCAAAUAUAGCUUAUACUCUUUCGAACUCAAUUAGUUCCUCUCAGAUGUUUCAAAAUGAUCAUGCUUGUCCAUUGAAGUUACGUUAAGUAUUCAGAUUAUCUCUAAAAUGAAAUGAUUAAACACUAAUUUGACUAGAAAAAACCUGGCUUAUACA